UGGUAUGUGCGGAGGAAAUAAGAAUGCGGUGCGAGGCACCUUCAUAUCUAGGUACCUAUAUUUCAAGUACUGCACACAUAUUAUUGACCGCAAGUUGUAAUGGCAGCACCGGAUGCCAUCACUAUGCGCAACCUAAGUGGCGUUUGGAUCGUCAGCAGAUCCCUCUCAGAUGACCCAGAGCCGUGUUACAAGCUCCAAGCUCUGCCAUGGGUGCUCCGAAAAUUGUUGUCGCUUGCUACUAUUACUAACAUAGUAACGCAAACGAGCGAUGAAAAGGGGUGUAAUCAGAUCAAAAUCACAUCAACAAUGUCUGGUGGCUUUGAAUUCGACAUAGAGCCUUAUGUACUAGAUGGUCUUGAGUACUCUACUCUGCGAGGUACACAGCGCGUUUGUGCACACUGGGUGGAUUUGAGACGUUCCAAGCCACUGAGCAUGAGCGGUGAACCAAUUGACCCCUAUCUAACCCAGGAUUGGAUGGAGGAUUCGAACGCCACCACAUGGGACCAUAUCUACCUCUGCAUAGUGAACGAGAGGGGUGGCUGGGCCGCAGAUUAUGUCUGGGGUUUUUCCUGGAAGAAUGGUGGGCGACACUUCGUUAAGAAGCUAUUAUUGAAGAAGGGUGAACAUUUCAUUAGGAUGGCUAUUGUUUAUGAGUGGAUUGGACCAAUACCCCAGCUUGGACUGGACUUAAUCAUAUGAAUUGAAUGAC